UUUGAUGUGUUUGGCUUCCCAUAUUUAUGACUGAAUACCGGUUCUCUCGCUUUCAGUCAUGUUGCUUCUACUGACUGUUUAUUGCUGUAGGUAUGAAUAAAUAAGCUUUCCAUCGGUGUAGGGUUUGUUAGGAUAGGACAAUAUAUGGCUGAGAUACAACUAUUUGAAAAUCUGGAAUCUGAGGGUGCAAAAAAAUCUAAAUAUUGAGAAAAUCACCUUUAAAAGUUGUCCAAAUGAAGUUCUUAGCAAUGCAUAUUACUAAUCAAAAAUUAAGUUUUGACAUAUUUAUGGUGGGGAAUUCACAAAAUAUCUUAAUGGAACAUGAUUUUAACUUAAUAUCCUAAUAAUUUUUGGCAUAAAAGAAACUGACCCAUACAAUGUAUUGUUAGCUACUGCUACAAAUAUAUCCAUGCUACUUAUAACUGGUUUUGUGCAGGGUUGCCAGAUUUUACAACAAAAUCUGCCCAACUGCUACUCACAACUAGCCCAAAAGUAGCCUAAUCGCAUUUCGAGGGGGGUCCCUUGUUAAAAAUUGUGUUCCGGAAGGUAAAAUACAAAUUUUUUGGUGGGGUUCCCCUGGUAAAAUUAACAUUCCAGGGGCUAAAUAUUUUGUUAUUGGGGUCGCUUCAACCUGCGGACAUGAAAAACUACCCGUGGCAACAGUGUUAAAGUUAAAGCCCAAUUCUGACUUGGCAACUCUGGUUUUGCGGUCCAGGGUCACAUAUUCGCUACAGCCUCUUCUGAGGAUUGGGUGGGAAUACACACCAAAAUGAUACACACCAAAAAAGUGCUACACACCAAAAUGGCUCUUUUUUUUUUUUUUAGACGUGCCGCAAAAAUUACGUUUCUCAGUUAUAAUAAAUGAUCUGUGGGGUAUUUUGAUCUGAAACUUUACAGAUGAUUUCUGGGACACCCAAGACGAAUUUUUUUUUUUUUUUUAUAAUUUUAUUACUUCAACCAUUUUUGAAGUUUUUUAUCUAAUAUUUAGAUUUUAUUUUAUUUCACUAAUGUCAUUUUCCUGUGAUUAUUCACUUGCUCGGGUGAUUGGCUCAAAACCUGUGGUUCCACAAGUGAAGACAGCAAAUUUUAAAAAGUGUAGGCUUUUGGGAAAACUGAUUGAAAACAGUACUUUUGAAUUGAAUUAAAGCCAUUUCAAAAUUCUGAUGGAGAGUUUUACAAUUAAAUCCUAGUAUUUAGAAAGGUAAAUGUGCAUGACAACUUGAAAAAAACUAGAGGUGAUAUUCAUCAUUCAGCUUUCACAAAAAUACAGCAUUUAUAUUGAAAACCCAUCCUAGAAGGAAAAUGUGCCUGCAGGUCAGAAUAUUUUGAGUUUUAACAGACAACCGACGCCAUACCUUGCCACUGAGACAAGUUACAGCUUAUUCUUUUUGUAUGCAGCAUCUAUUUUUGCACUCCCCUCACUCCCUUAAAUGUAUUUAAACAGGGAUCGAUCUCUCGCCCUGCCUGCACUCUCUGCUCGGUUCAGACUCUGAUCCUUCAGCGCUCAUCCAUAGUUGUUCACCAUGGCUUUGUCCGUUUCCUUGUCCUCUUCCAGAAUGUCUGGGGGUUAUGGAGGGUUUGGUGCAGGUGGUGGUGGAGCAAGAUUGGGUCUGGGGCUGGGGGGUGGUGCUGGUUUAGGUGGAGGUCUUGGCCUGGGAGGGGGACUGGGCUUUGCAGCUGGUGGAGGUCUUGGCCUGGGAGGAGGACUGGGCUUUGGAGCUGGUGGAGGUCUUGGCCUUGGCCUUGGUGGAGGUGCAGGAGCAGGUGCUGGAUUGGCACUGGGUGGUGGUGGCGGCGGUGGUGCACUGGUUGCCAGUCCUGCAUUCGCAAUGGGUCGUGCCAUUGCUGCAGGAGGUCUCGGUGCAAGCGCUGCGCUCGCUGCCGGUUCAGCAUCAGGUGCUGCUGUGGCCCCGAUACUCUCCAGAGCAGCUGAGAAGCACACUCUCUCUGGGCUGAAUGACCGCUUUUCCACAUACAUGGCCAAAGUACGGGCGCUGCAGCAGGAGAACGCAGCUCUGGAGGCCAAGCUGUCCCAGCUGACUGGGGGGACGGAUGUGUCCCAAGAAUCAUCCGUGACUGCCACGGUGGAGUAUGAGGCACAGCUGAGUGAAUAUCGCAGCACACUGGAAACUCUCACCAUCGACACCAUCAAACUGGAGAUUGAGCUGGACAAUGUUCGUGGAACCGCCCAUGAACUGAAGGCAAAGCUUGACUUUGAACAAGGAGUGAAGUUUCAGCUUGAGUCUGAUAUUGCUGCCAUGAAAAAGGACAUAGAAUUGGCCUCUGACCUAAGAAUUGAUUUGGAUGCCAAAUACUCCAGCCUGAAGAAUGAACUGGACUUCGUCAACAAAACACAAGAAGAGGAACUGUCAUCUCUACAGUCUAAACUGGGCACGACAACAAUGGACACUUCAGUCUCAAUGAUUGAAGUAGACACUGGCAAGUCCUUUGACAUCUCUGCAGCUCUCAACAAGAUGCGUAUGGAGUAUGAGAAAUCUGUGCAGCAACACAGAGAUGAGGCUGAGGCGUAUUACAAACUCAAGAUGGAUGAAAUUCAGACGGUCAACGCCAAAAACACAGAGGCCGUAUCAUCAGCUAAAACUGAGAUCACAGCAGCCAGGAAAGAGCUGCAGGCGCUGAAUUUAGAGCUUCAAGGGCUUGUGGCUGCAAACAUGACUCUGGAGCAGAGUUUAGCAGAAGCCCAGGCCCAGUCCAGUGUGGGUGUUGCUGAGUACCAGGCACAGAUCGCAAGCCUCACAUCAGCCAUAGAAGUGGCUAAAGCAGACCUCCACAAACAGAUCCUGGCCUACCAAGAGCUGCUGGACAUCAAACUCGCCCUUGACGUUGAGAUCUCCACCUACAGAAAAUUGCUGGAAGGAGAUGACUUCAAGGUGCCCGAGUUUACAGAGUCAUCCUACACUUUUUCAGCUGGGAAAAUAAAGGUCAAAGAAAUUAUUACAGAGACAUCCGUCAUCUCUGAUGCAGAUGACACUGAAUCCUCUUGAAUUCUGGGAGGCAUCCAGUCAAUGCAGUCUUGAUGAAUGUAGACCCCCAGCCCGAAUGUGAGGAGUACCAAUAAAGCUGCAUUUUGGAUGAAAUCUUUCAUUU